AUGUCUGGUUACGGCUAUGGCCCUCCUCCUCCUCCACCGUCAAGUUCCGGGUACGCGUCGCAUCCGAGCGCUUCAUAUACUCACAAGGGACCUCAUCGAGGAGGCGGGGGUUUUUCAAGUUCUCGUGGUCGCGGCGGGCAGUAUCCCCGUCCUCGAGACCAUCAUGGACCACCUCAGGCUCAGUUCGAAUACCCGGGUCAACCCUAUCCACCACAUCAACCACAUCAUCAGGCCUCAUACGGCGGAGCACAUGCUCCUGCAGGCAGUUAUCCGCCUCAUCCGCCGCAAUGGCCUGGCGAACAUGGCGCCCAUGCACCUCAUGGCACACAUCCCCAUGCCCCUGCACCCUUGUCCGCUUCCAACUAUCAUCCGGGCUAUGGCCCUCAAGCAUAUCCAGCAGCUGCCCAACAUGUACAACCUCCAUCAUAUGGCUCUGCACAACCAUAUGCUCAACCAUACCAGGGGCAUCCCGUUCAAACUGCGUCGCAUUGGACUCCCCAGGGUCCUCUACAGCCCUCGCAGUAUUCCAACAGUCGUGGUCGUGGGGGCUAUGGCGACCGUGGGAUCUCAAAGCCACACGUAGGAGGACAUGUUCGUCACGGGUACGAGCAUGAACCUGUACCGCCGGCCGUGGCGCCAUAUGGCCAGUCGUAUCCUCACGACCCGCGUGCUCCUCAUUUUCCUCCAGUGUCGUUUGUAUAUCCCGGUCCGCCUCCUGCAUCAUCGUCAUCACGUCACGAUGGCCAUACUGGUCAUCACUCAAGGAGAGGUCGAGGCGGUGGGCAUAAAGAUGGCUUGCGCGGCCGUGGCGGUCAUCACAAUAAUCCCCAUCACAAUAAGAAUCGUGCCGGCAAGCAACACAGCAACGAUAAUAAGCCCAAGCCAGAUGCGCCCUCGGUUGGAAAGAAGAAGAAACGUAAGGUGAACACUCUCGGCCUAACACCAGGGGUAGAAUCCGAAUCCGAAGAUGAUGAGGGUGAGGAAAAGAUCCUCACCGACUUGAUUGGUGCUGAAACCCUGCAAAUCAGUGACGUUGCUGCAUUUUUGGCUGAACGACGAAAGAAUUAUCCUACAAAAUCACGAGUGGAGGCAAAGAAAGCUGCCGAGAUGGCACAAAAGGAUCAAGCCAAGACGGCAGAGCUGGAAAAGCAGGCGGACAAGCUAAGGAAGCAACUUCGCAAGGUUGAGUUCUCCAUCAAGCGAAAGCGAGAGCAGGGCGACGAAGGGGAUGAGAUGAGAGACCCAUCUGAAGACUCGGACGACGAGAAGCCAGAAGUUGCGUCUUCUCGAGUACAAACCGCACCACCACAACCCCCUGCCAAGAAGGCGGACAUAUCUCGUCACUGCAAAUACUACUCAACUGGGGGUACAUGUGGGAAGAAAGGCAAGUGCCGCUUCGUUCACGAUCCUGAAGUUAGGGAAGCAGCGAUCAAAGAGCGCGAAGCCAAUAACGGCCGCUUGACCAUUCAGCAACGUUUGAUUUUGAAUGACAAAGACCAGGAGGACCUGGCCGUUCUUCAAUCCAUCAAGUAUCUGCGGCAAAAGGGUAUGAUGGCAUCUACUUCUAAUGAAGCUGAUGAGAAAGGAGGGAAUGAGGAGAAAGGGACAGGGCCGGACGAUGACACGGAUAACAACCAAACCACCGACGCGGCGCCAGUGCCUGCGGCGUCUCGGUCCAGUCUCCUUCCUGCUGCUCCAGCCUCUCUGCCAACCCCACCUGUCAAGAGAAAAGCCAGUACACCGCAUCAGAAUAGUACUCAGCCUUCGAGCCUCCCAAGUGCUGACAGUGCCAGCGAUUCGGGUGUGAAACAUUACGAGGGUUGGCUUCUACAGCCGUAUGGUAGUUCGAAUGGCGACAAGUCCAAGGCGGACGACCUGCCUUGA